AUGGAGGGCAUGGAGGGCAUGGAGCAGGAUCUUGCGGGAGUAUGUCCGCGACUGAAGCAAGUGAUCCAAGGCGCGAGAGAGUCGUUGGACAACGAGGAAUCCUUCCUAGGACGCGCUGUCUGCUCUCCGUUGACCUGGGGGGAUAGCAAGGCGGCAAGGGCUGUCUUGAAGGAGCAUUUCAAGGGGAAGUGGCCUGACUUGGUGAUAUGUACAGACUGCAUCUACAGGCAAGGGAUCCCUGAAAUCUUGAUUGCAACUAUCAAAGAGGUUGUUGGGCCCGACACCGUAAUGCUCUGUGCAGCAGCGAACCACAGACCCGACGUGAUCGAGGAUUUCCAUCACAGGAUCGACUCGCUCAAGUCGGAAGCUGGGGGCGAGGAGAGGAGGAGAGCCGGUCUGACUCAUCGACCUUGCAGGAGCUUCACUGUGAGUAAUCUGCGAGACGAGGAGCUCGACGAGUAUGUGAGGUCGACGAGCAUCGAGGCGUUCUGGUGAGCAUGCUGAGCUCAGGCCUGCUGCUGACGUUGAUCACCCGAGGCUCUCGCGGGGAGGAGGAGAACGUCCGAAGAAAGCCAAAAAGGUGAAAGAGAAUUGAAGACAGAAGUGGGGAGGAAGGAGGAGGCGGGGAGAGGCAGGAGGAGGAGGAGGUUUGUAUAUAGAGACGCGUCAAAGUGACUCAAGUCUUCUGCUCUUUCUUUUCCAUUCCUGCCUUCAUCUUCACUGUUUUUCUCCCCUCCCUCUUGUGCCUCUCCCUCC